AUGGAAUGUGUCAUGCUGAGUCCAGAGUGCCGGUUUAGAUGGGAGAAGAUCCCUGCUGCUGUGCAGGACAGCGUGCACGUGGAUACCGAUCAGAAAGCCAAGCUGGCGGCGGACGAGACACAAAGCAAGGUGGAGGAGGGGGAUGUGGAGCAGGCCGACGAGGGGCCGGAUUGCCCAGCAGGCAGGGACUCCCCCGGGCCGCGUGGAAAGAUAGUGCGCGUUGAGCUGGAGUGGGAGAUCCCCAUGUCGGUGACGCUGCCUGUUGAGGUGCAGCCCGACCCGGCGCACCAACCCUUCCCCUUCCUGGAUACGACACUGGCUGACCUGGGCAUCCAAGAGUCAGAAGUGAAGGAGAGGGUGGUGUGGGUUGACACCAAGAAGACGCAGGUUAAGAACAAAGCGGGGAAGCUGAAGGAGAAAGAGAUCACCAUCCUAGAGGUGAGAGUGAAAGCCCAGAAACCUGGUGACAAACAGCUCCAGGAGGUCCUGUACAGCACCGAGGCCCACACUGACCGCUCCUUCUGCCGCACAGGGAUGGAUAUCCUGCCCUGGAAACAAAUAUCUACAGGUCUGGAAAGGCUGCAGUCUGACACCUGUUGGCUCAGAUUUAUUGAGUAUCUGUGCAGCUGUGAGCUCAUAGUUAACGUGGAGGAUUUAUUUCUGUACGAGCACAAUCAGCCAGACCUCAGUGUGCAGCGACCUCUCAGAUAACAGCUGAAGUGUCAGACUGAUGUAGAUCACAGCUGUGUGCCAGAGCCUCCAGCAGUGCAGGGAGAUCAGCUGUGUCCAGAUAAAACCUUUGACCUCAACACUGUGGCGUUUGUGAAAAUGUGUUUGACUUGUCCAACUCACAACCAAUUAUUUGUUUUCUUUAUAGGUGAUAGAAUGAGGAGCUUCAGGUUGUUGUGUGACUAAAGUUGAUGUAAACAUCAGAAAUAGAGACACUAAUAGUAAUAAUCAUAGAAAAAAAAAAGGACAGCUUCAUAGGGCUGUUUUGCUAGCUGCUACAAGGGUGCGGUAUCUAUCCCUCUCAUCAUGAGCACGUACUGAUACAUCUAGAUGAAUUAAAAUAAAACCCUUUUUCUGUCUGGGUCAGGGGAGAACGGACUGACACCGGUUCAGAUGACCAUGGCAUUGGAAAACCAGCAGCCUGAAGUUACCGAGGCCCAGGAACAACGGGAGAUCUGAGGACAGUCACCAUCACGAGUCCACCGCAGAGCACCAGUUCUGAACUCCAUUUUGAAUUCAGGAUGCAAGUUUGCCUUUAUUUAGAGGAUUCAAAGUAAUCAGUUUCUCUUUCUACAUUGAGGCGAGGUUGAAUGGCUUGAAAUUAACAGCACGGCAAAACUUGAUAUUUGUAGCAUUUGAAAAUCUCUUGCACAUUGCUCUUGUCAAAGAGUAGUUAGAGGUUUUUUUUAACAGACUGAACAGGAACAGCACCAACAGAAAUGGGCUGGUUCAAGCUGAGCUGCAGUGAGCACUAACACAGUGUACAGAGGAUAAACUAAUGGCUGUUUCUUUUCUUUAUGUAUGGAACAACUGAGUGUGGCCUUUAAUUAGCUCAGUAUUGUGUCACUGUGGCGUUCACACAACAAACAGCCCAUUAGGGACACCCCUCUGCAUGCAGCAGAUAAGUCCCAGCGUAAGGCAACAUGAGCGGAGAACACACAGGGAUGAGAACAUUACAGUCCACUGCUUUACACCAGGGAUAUGGGAAUGAAAAAUUAAAUUUAUCAGGAGAUCAAAUUCAUUGCUUCACACUCAGAUAGCCAGAAGUCUUCAAACAGUGGCAAAAACAGGACAGUUGCAGCGAAUGGAAGCACUUCACAGGAAUGACAGGCAAACAAAAAAACAAAAGGUAACAAGACAGGAUGGUAAACCGUAACUCUUAAAAUAAUAAAAAUUCAACAUAGCAUGCAUAUAGGACAAUAAAUUAAAAGUGAAUAACUGCUGAAUGUGACAAUGUAUACUAGACAAGUUGAAGUGCUUUUUUCAAAUCAGUUUGGGGAAUCAAAUAACUGUCCCAUUUUCCACCCACAGUAUCAAAAUGUAUUGUUUUGGCUGGCUUUCACACGAGAGUGGAAGGGUGUGUGUGUGUGUGUGUGUGUGUGCUACGAGGCAGAGAUGGCCGCGCUGAGUUUAGCCUGCUG